AUGUCGUCCACGCCCACUAUAGACCCUACCCAGGCGUCAAAUUCAGCCUCGUCCAAGAAGAAGAAGAACAACAAGAAGAAGAACGCCAACAAGAACAAGGCUCAAGAGCAGCCCGCCAACAACUCUGAGCCACACCAAGCGUCCGACGGCACCCCGGAGGAGCCAGAUACACCCACCCAGCCUGAGACUCCGGUCGAUGCAGACGCACCCGCCGAUAGCAACGGGCAUGCCGUAGAGCCCAAGAGCAACGGGCUCGCACCCCCGACGGUUGAUGGCGAAAAGCCCGACGAUUCAGACACCUCCGCCAAGCUAGAGGCCAUGAGCCAGGAACGAGAGGCCCUGCGGGCUGAGGUCGAGCAGCUGAGGAGGCAGCUCGAGAGCAUCCAGGAAUCACACGCCAGUGAGGUCACGCAGCUAAAGGCCGACCUCGAGGAGAGCAACGCCGCGAAGGAGUCGGCCGAGGAGCAGUAUCAGAACCUCCUCGGCCGCGUCGAAAAGAUUAAGCAGACGCUGAGCGACAGGUUACGGCGCGACAAGGCAGAGCUAGAGGAGGCUAAAGAGAGGAUAGAGGAGCUCGAGGCACAGAAUGACGAGCUCAGGAACACGGCCGUGUCGUCCGGCGAGGACGUAAGCAAGCUGAAGGAGGACCUGCAGGAUGCGACAAGAGAGCUCAACACACUCCGGAGUCGCAACAACCUGUCAGCGCAGAACUGGAACAAGGAGAAGGAUGAGCUCGUCCGGCAGGUUCAGCACCUUAAGGAAGAGAUGGAGACGACCGCGAACGCUAUGGGCGAGUGGGAGGUCAUCGCCAUGGAGGAGCGCUCCAUCAAGGAGAGCCUUGUCGACAAGGUCUCGGAGCUAGAGGAGCAGGUCGUUGCCCUAAGGGAGGGCUACGAGGGUGCCAACUCGGAGCGGGAUAGCCAGGCGACCCUCAUCGACAACCUUCAGAACGCCCUCCGCGAGAUACAAGAGGCCCGAAAGAGGGAGCUACGCGAGAUGGUCGAGACGACCGAGGAGCAGGUGCAGGGCCUGAAGAAGUUGGUCCAGGAGGCCGACGCCCGCGCCACCGAGGCCGAGGCGGCCAAGCAGUCCCUAACUCAGGAGCUCGAGAGGACAGCGCCGUUCGAGAAGGAGGUCAAGGAGAAGAACCUCUUGAUCGGAAAACUGAGGCACGAGGCUAUUGUGCUGAAUGACCACCUGACCAAGGCGCUACGAUACCUGAAAAAGACCAAGCCGGAGGACAAUGUCGAUAGACAAAUCGUCACCAACCACCUCCUCCACUUCCUCACUCUCGACCGCGGCGACGCCAAGCGCUUCCAGGUCCUCCAAGUCAUGGCCGGCUACCUCAACUGGACCGACGAGCAGCGCGAGCAAGCCGGCCUCGCCCGCCCCGGUGCCUCUAACAGCCUCCGCCUACCCAUGUCUCCCUUCACACGAACACCCAGCUCGCCCUCGCUCAGUGCCGACGUCUUCUCGGAGCCAUCAUCCUCUAGGGACAAGGAGUCGCUGUCAGAGCUAUGGGCUAACUUCCUAGAACGCAGCGCCCAAGAAGGCUCGGGAGACACGCCGAGCAGAAAGGGCAGCUCGAGCAGCGCCGCCACGGGGCCAGUAAGACCGGAAUCGGCGCGACCAGAUUCCAAAAAUUAA